GUCAAUAGAAAUGCAAAGGGGAAGUGUGGUCAAGGCAAGAGAUGAAAAUACAUCUCUGAUGCACAACAUGGAUGACAAGGAGUUGUUUGCCAAGGCAUUGUUGGGAAGGAUUGAUGAGGUUCUCCCUCAUGAGGAGAAGAAGCCCAAGGUUGCUUUCAUGUUCUUGACAAAAGGACCACUUCCAUUUGCACCCUUGUGGGAGAAGUUCUUCAAAGGUUAUGAUGGGCUAUACUCCAUUUACGUCCAUCCUGAUCCUUCCUUCAAUGAAUCGGCAGUGCCUGAAAAUUCUGUUUUCUACCGGAGAAGGAUUCCCAGUCAGAGAGCCGAAUGGGGAAGGAUGACAAUGAUCGACGCAGAAAGGCGCCUUCUAGCCAGUGCACUCCUCGACCAGCCCUCUAACCAAAGAUUUGUGUUACUCUCAGAGGCAUGCAUUCCUUUGUUUAACUUUACAACAGUCUAUAACUACAUCAUUAACUCCAAACUCAGUUUCCUUAGUUCUUUCGAUGACCCAAGGAAGGCAGGCCGUGGUCGCUACAACCCGCAAAUGUUUCCUGUAGUAUCGAUCUCCGAAUGGCGUAAGGGGUCUCAAUGGUUCGAGGUUCAUCGUGAUAUCGCAAUUAAGAUCAUAUCAGACCAGAAGUACUACCCAGUCUUCAGAAAUUACUGUCAACCUGCAUGCUACAAUGACGAACACUAUAUACCAACAUUAGUUAACAUAAUUUCUCCAGAACUGAACUCAAAUAGAAGCGUGACUUGGGUAGAUUGGUCGAGGCCAAGUCCACACCCAAGGAAAAUUGGAUGGAGAGAUAUUUCAGUAGAGUUUCUCAAUGGCAUACGUUUUGGAAGCAAUUGUAUGUACAAUGGGAAUACCACAUCGAUAUGUUUCCUUUUCGCUAGGAAAUUUAACCCAGAUACGUUGAAGCCUCUAUUGCAGAUUGCUCCAUUACUUGGUUUUGGUUCUUAAUUGUACCGGCUUAAAGGAAAACUUUUGAGCCU